AUUAAAAACAAGCGCAUUUGAAGAACAAUCCGCGAAAAAAAAAAAAUGGUUGUAACGUUGACGAAUACAAACAAUAAAAGCACUUCAAUUUGAAAAAGAAAACGAACACUUCUUAACAAAAUUUCAAGAUUCAAUUACCCUAAUGUCUCUAAACACUUUCAAAGAAUCACUAAUACCCUGUUCAAAUCAAUCAUUUUCACAAUCUUCAUCAAUCUCCUAUAAUUUUGAGACAAAAUCUGUAAACCCUAGAAAACCCCCAAAAUCUUCUUUAUCUCAACAGCUUUUACGCCUUGAAGAUCACACUUCUUUGCUUCAAAACCAACCCCAAACACCCAAAAAACAGAAUCAUUUUGAUUUGAAGAAAAAAUAUGAAGAGGAAGAAGAAGAAGAAAUAGAAGAAAAGAUAAUUGGGUUUGGUAGGCCAAAGUUGGAUUCUUUAUUGUUAGAUCAAGCUGGACCUUAUGAGCCUUUGGUUUUGUCUUCACCUGGUGUAAAUCCUGUUGUUCAGGUUCCAGCAUCUAUAAACUGUAGGCUUUUGGAGCAUCAACGAGAAGGAGUGAAAUUUUUGUAUAGAUUGUAUCACAAUAAUCAUGGAGGUGUUCUUGGAGAUGAUAUGGGACUUGGUAAGACCAUCCAAAGCAUCGCAUUCUUAGCUGCUGUGUUUGGUAAGGAUGGGGAUAUACCAGAAUCAACAGUCUCGAAGGAACACCUAAGAACAAGGGGCCCUGUACUUAUAGUUUGUCCCUCUUCUUUGAUCCACAACUGGGAAAUCGAGUUUUCCAAGUGGGCAACAUUUAGUGUUUGCAUUUAUCACGGGCCAAACCGUGAUUUAAUGAUCGACAAACUAGAAGCACGUGGCGUGGAGAUACUUAUAACAAGUUUUGAUACGUACAGAAUCCAUGGAAGAAUUUUAUCAGAUAUUGAAUGGGAGAUUGUGAUUGUUGAUGAGGCACAUCGACUUAAGAAUGAGAAAUCAAAACUGUACGAGGCAUGUUUAGCAAUUAAGACCCACAAACGUUAUGGUCUUACAGGAACAAUAAUGCAGAAUAGAUUAAUGGAAUUGUUCAAUCUGUUUGACUGGGUGACGCCUGGUUGCCUGGGGACUCGUGAACACUUCCGAGAGUUUUACGAGGAGCCCCUUAAACAUGGACAGAGAUCAAGUGCUCCAGAUAAAUUUGUUCGAGUUGCUGAUGAGCGGAAACAACACUUAGUAUCAGUUUUGCGCAAAUAUUUGUUAAGAAGGACAAAAGAAGAAACUAUUGGACAUCUCAUGUUAGGGAAGGAAGAUAAUGUUGUUUUUUGCGCCAUGAGCGAACUGCAAAAACGGGUUUAUCAGAGGAUGCUACUGUUACCUGAUGUACAAUGCCUUAUCAAUAAGGAACUCCCUUGUAGUUGCGGAAGCCCUCUCAAGCAAGUUGAAUGUUGCAGAAGGACCGCUCCAGAUGGUGCCAUCUGGCCUUACCUUCACAAGGACAAUCCAGAUGGUUGUGAACAAUGCCCUUUUUGCCUCGUUCUUCCUUGUCUCGUCAAGCUCCAGCAGAUAAGCAAUCACUUGGAGCUUAUCAAGCCUAAUCCAAGGGAUGAUCUAGAUAAACAAAGAAAAGAUGCAGAAUUUGCUGCUGCUGUAUUUGGUAAGGACAUUGAUUUGGUUGGAGGGAAUACUCAAAAUAAGAGUUUUUUGGGCUUAAGUAAUGUUGAACAUUGCGGGAAAAUGAGAGCGUUGGAGAAACUAAUGUCCUCUUGGGUUUCACAAAGUGACAAGAUUCUUCUUUUCAGCUAUUCUGUAAGGAUGCUGGACAUACUUGAGAAAUUUAUUAUACGCAAGGGCUAUGGUUUUUCAAGACUUGAUGGUUCUACCCCAACUAGCUUGCGCCAGUCUCUAGUCGAUGAUUUCAACUCUAGUCCAAGCAAACAGGUAUUCCUAUUAUCAACAAAAGCUGGUGGCCUCGGCCUCAACCUUGUUAGCGCGAAUCGGGUAGUGAUAUUUGAUCCAAACUGGAAUCCUGCCCACGAUUUGCAGGCCCAGGACAGGUCAUUUCGAUUUGGACAGAAGCGCCACGUUGUUGUUUUCCGCCUACUUGCAGCUGGUUCUCUCGAAGAACUUGUUUACACUCGUCAGGUCUACAAACAGCAGUUAUCAAACAUAGCUGUUUCUGGAAAUAUGGAAAAACGCUAUUUCGAGGGAGUUCAGGAUUGUAAGGGGUUCCAAGGUGAGCUAUUUGGAAUCUGCAAUCUUUUCAGAGAUUUAUCUGACAAGCUCUUCACUAGUGAGAUCAUUGAAUUGCACGAAAAGAAAAGAAAGGAAGAUGGAACUGAUUCAAAGCAGGAUUUGAAUGUACUUGGGAUGUAUUUUGUUCCUGAGAAAGAAAUAACUACAUCUUUAGUGGGAGCUGAAAGCAGUAAACAUAAAGAAGAGGAGCGCACAACUGCUGCUCCAGUGCUUGAAGACGUCGGUAUUGUAUAUGCUCAUCGAUAUGAAGACAUUGUUAACCUUGGACCGGCAAAGAUCAAAGAGAAGAAAGGAGCGACCAUGCAUUUCGAUUACUCUCUGCAUCAGCCAAAGUUUUCGACUGUUGGGAAGAGGAAAUCUGACACCAUAACUGGGAAGGAGAAUGUAGGAACUGUCAAUGCUAUAAAGAUGCGCAAAAAGAGCCAGUAUAGCCUCCUUGCCCGAUUCAUGGGUAUGGAAGAGGUUCAGUUUAGCAACUGGCUCUUAUCUGCUACACCAGCAGAGCGUGAAAAAGUUCUUAAAGACUAUCGUAAGAGAAAGGAGAAGAUUCCUAACGGUUGAAACUUAUUUUCUUUUCUUGUCAACUUGUAACUUUGUAACAUUUAGUCUGUAUAGGUGCCUCUCUUUCCUUUUCUUUAAUUUACUUUUCAAUGUGUACAGUAAAAUUUGAGGCAGGGUUUUCCCUUUCAAUUGUGUCUGUAUCGUCAUUCGUUUUGGGAGUAUAGCCAACACUAGAUAAAGUAUAAAAAAUUGGCACUCUCAAUAGAGUAUAAAUUGUUUUCGAAUAUAAACAGUUCCCUUUUCCAA